AUCGAGCUGGCAAACGCUCACGCAAAGAAGGAACAGAUCACUUCAACCGAGGAGACGACAGGGACAUUGCGUGGUAGAUCCGACCGCAGAACAUAAGCCGACGUUCGCAGCAAACCCGCCGAUAUGUACUUCCAGAGCUUUCUCCUUUUCUACGACUGGCUGUUUCUAAUAAUCGCUUUUGGAGUUGCGCUGUACUUGCGAGCCACACGCUACCGCAACUAUUGGAGAGACCAGAAUGUUGUGCACGAAAAGUUUUCUCUCUUUUUUGGACAGCAGAUGAAGCAACUGUUCAAGCCUUUCUACCUCGUUGACCGAGAACUAUACAAGAAGCACGGGCGUCUCUUCGGAUCCUUCGAAGAUGGGAAGCCGGUGCUCUUCGUCGCUGAACCUGAUCUUCUCAAGUUGAUUCUAGUUAGGGACGCUGCACUGACCCACAAGAAGGUUGCGCAGUUUGAUGACCCCAUCUUGGGAAAUCUGAUGGUCAAUGUUGAUCCUAAGCAAUGGAGAAAACUUCGCUCAGCGACGUCACCAGCAUUUACGACAGGAAAACUACGAAAAAUGCAAGCAAUCAUCGACGGAUGUGCCGCAGUGACAUCAGAGCGUCUGAAACGAGCCGCGGCUGCGUCUGAAGACAUCGACUUGAAAGGGUUCUACGGCCUCUACACGCUGGAUGCAGUCGCAAGUUGCUCCUUCGGGGCUAAGCUGUCGAAGGGCUCUGCAGAGGAAACCUCUUUCAUUACGUCCGCGAAGAACGCCUUCUUUGCCGAAGUAACGCCAUUGGUUGUACUCAAAGCAUUUUUGCAGAAACUCAGCAAAACUUUCCACGAGAACCUGUUCAAUGAAAAGGCAUUCGAAUUCUACAAGAACGCUACAAUAAAUAUCAUCCAGAAGCGCGAAGAAGGCAAAGUUCGACAUGAAGACUUUCUGCAAAUGAUGAUGAAUGCCAAAGAAGUUUCGAAAGAAAAUGCAGCGUCUGGCGAAGAGAAUCCCGAGAAUGAAAGUUCUACGAUGAAGCCUCAAGACGUUAAAAAUCUGACCGAAGAAGAGGCGUUGGCACAGUGCGUCUUCUUUUUCCUGGCGGGCCAGGACACUGCCUCGACCACCGCGUCCUUCGCCACUUACCAGCUGGCCAUCAAUCCGCACAUACAGGAAAGACUGCGAGCCGAAGUCGACGAGUGCUUCCGGAAACACGGAAGUUCGCCAUCGUAUGACGAAGUUUCCAAACUUUCGUACUUGGAUGGAAUCGUGCAGGAAACGCUGCGAGUCAUGACGCCAACGCCGAGGAUCGAGAGGUCUGUUGCUGAGGAUUACAUUGUCGGAGACACCGGCAUAAAGGUUCCCCGGGGCUGCAACAUUUUGAUACCAAUACAGCAAAUGCACAACGACCCCGAGUUCUUUCCAGACCCUGAAGUUUUCAACCCUGAAAGGUUCAACGAGGAAAAUAUCAAGUCGAUCCGCCCGUAUACGUACCUUCCUUUUGGUGCCGGUCCACGAAACUGCCUCGGCUCGAGGUUUGCGAUUCAGAUCGUGAAGACUUGCCUCCUCCACGCAGUCCACAACGUGCAGUUUGUAAAGUGCUCCAAGACGAAGGAUCCCGUGGAGUACAAGACUGGCUUCGGUAUUCUGCAGCCCAAGGAGCUCAUCGUGGGCGUCAGGCAAAGGGACCGCUAGUCGGCGCUAGUCGCUCGGUGGCUCAGAAAGUCGACACACCUGGCGCUGGAAUCUGCGGAGAUGUUUCAGUGCUCCUGUUAAAAUGUGACGCUCUAAUGAGCUAAAGAUGGCCGGGCGUGGCUUGUUUACUGUUGCACAGGAACACCGAACUAAGCUAACACCUUGGCCAUUGUAGUUGUGUUCUUCUACUGAAAUCCGAGCUUCUCCUUCUUAACUGCUCCUCAUACCAGCGCUCCCACAACGCCCUAAUCUCCAUCCAUCUUUCCGGCUCUCAUAUUCCUAUUUUCCCCCACUUCUUGGCUUCCCGUUGCAUGCAGCCAAGAAUGUGCAAGCCCUCCACCACGCUGUCAGCACCUGUCACUCGGUAACUCACCUCCUGCGGCGCGUGGUCACUCGGCGCUCGGGCCUCCACGAGGCUCAUGCGUGCCGAGUUGCCCAUGCGCUCGCCCUCAACAAGUUCCUGUACUUUGUGCCUUACGUUUCCUUCACCCACACUCAGCUUAACACCCUCGAGGUCGCCCUCGUGGGCCCGUACAUACAAGGCAGCUCUCAACCUCCCUGUCAAGACUUCUACUGCUAAGCUCUUUGCCAUAGGACUCUUCCAUCUUCUUCGUUCUCUUCUCUCUCUCCACCGUGACUCCCAGCUUGCCCGGCUUUCUCUUACCCGUCAGGGUCAGUGGUUACUGACCCAGGCGGGUAUCUCCCAUUCCCGUUUUCACUUUUACCUCUCCAAAAUCCACCCCGGCUCCCAAUCUCCGCAUCCUCCCCCUCCCGUCCAAUAUGUCCCCUGUCCUGUAUGCCGGCCGUCGUCACGCGGCCGCACAGCAUCAUUCCCCCCUCUUUACUACCCAGGGAGUAGCCUACACGGAUGCCUCUUUCAUAGCUCCUCGAGGUUCCUGCGGCUACGCAAUCACCAUCCCCAUCUCCCAGCACCUGAAACUCACACGAGUGGGCCGUACCUACACCCUCCGGACGCACUCUCUCUCGAUGUCCUUGCCAUUGUACAUGCCCUACAAUCAUUUCCCUCUCUUCCCUCGCUCCCAGAGUACACAAUAUACACCGACUCCCAAGCCGCCAUUCACCACAUACAAAACCGCGCCCUACCCCAUUCACUCCAACAGGAGGUCGAACGAGCAGCCUCCGCACUUCAACCUUCCACCGUUUUCCUCCGCUGGGUACCUGGGCAUUCGGGGGUUGACGGCAAUGAGCUGGCCCAUCAACUCGCCCGUGACGUUUUUCACCGGGCACCGUUGAUCCCCUGGUCCAGGCCCUCGGAGGAUUCUGGGGGACUCUCCCUGCGCCGCACUAUCAAUGAAGUUUACCUCCAGUUCCGUCUCGACAAGCACCUCUACCCUCCCCCUCAUCCAUCACUCACUGUGCCGGAGGCUCGCCUUCUGCGGCACAUCCAAAUGAAUGCACUGGUUACCCCUUCCCACCUCUUUCUCUAUCGCUAUCGCUCCGACCCCUCCUGUCCCAACUGCCCCUCUACUUAUGCAGACCUAUUCCAUUGCCUAUUCUACUGUCUGGCUGCUCAGCAAUCAAGUUCCUAUCCUCCCCCUUCCCUUUCCAUCACCACCUCGCUCGACUGGCUUGACGCUGAAAGUAAAGAAGAGCAGCGUCGACUUGCAACCGUCGACCUGUCGAUAUGCUCGGCCUGUAAUUUUGGGCUGAAUAAAAGUCUUAUACUACUACUA